GGAGUUACGUCCUUCGCCGGCUGGAAAAGCGGUAGGCUCUGCAAGUGGCGACAGUAAAAGUCGGACUUAAGCCCUGCUGGGGCGGUGGGCUUUAGAUUUCACCUCACCAAAGUGACCUCAAAAAAGGAGGAAAUGGCUUCUGAGUCAGAAACCCUGAAUCCCAGUGCUCGGAUAAUGACCUUUUAUCCAACCAUGGAGGAGUUCCGGAACUUCAGUCGAUACGUUGCCUACAUUGAAUCUCAAGGAGCUCACCGGGCUGGGCUAGCCAAGGUUGUUCCUCCAAAGGAGUGGAAGCCACGAGCUUCCUAUGAUGAUAUUGAUGAUCUGGUCAUUCCUGCCCCCAUCCAGCAGCUGGUGACUGGGCAGUCUGGUCUCUUUACUCAGUAUAACAUACAGAAGAAGGCCAUGACUGUUCGAGAGUUCCGCAAGAUAGCCAAUAGUGAUAAGUACUGUACCCCUCGCUACAGUGAGUUUGAAGAGCUUGAGCGGAAAUACUGGAAAAAUCUCACAUUUAAUCCCCCAAUCUAUGGUGCAGAUGUGAAUGGCACUCUCUAUGAAAAGCAUGUUGAUGAGUGGAAUAUUGGCCGGUUGAGAACAAUCCUGGACUUGGUGGAAAAGGAGAGUGGGAUCACUAUUGAGGGUGUGAACACCCCAUACCUAUAUUUCGGCAUGUGGAAGACGUCCUUUGCUUGGCAUACUGAAGACAUGGACCUGUAUAGCAUCAAUUACCUGCACUUCGGAGAGCCAAAGUCCUGGUACUCUGUUCCCCCAGAGCAUGGGAAACGGCUGGAGCGGCUCGCCAAAGGCUUUUUCCCAGGAAGUGCUCAAAGCUGUGAGGCUUUUCUCAGGCAUAAGAUGACCCUGAUUUCUCCUCUAAUGCUGAAGAAAUAUGGAAUUCCCUUUGACAAGGUGACUCAAGAAGCUGGAGAAUUUAUGAUCACUUUCCCUUAUGGUUAUCAUGCUGGCUUUAACCAUGGCUUCAACUGUGCGGAAUCUACCAAUUUUGCUACCCGGAGGUGGAUUGAAUAUGGCAAACAAGCUGUGCUGUGCUCCUGCAGAAAAGAUAUGGUGAAGAUAUCUAUGGAUGUGUUUGUGAGGAAGUUCCAGCCAGAAAGGUACAAACUUUGGAAGGCUGGGAAGGACAGCACGGUUAUUGACCAUACUCUACCCACGCCAGAAGCAGCUGAGUUUCUUAAGGAGAGUGGACUGUCCCCAAGAGCUGAGAAUGAGGAGGAGUGUCUAGAGGAGGACAUGGAAGGGGUCAUGGAUGGAGAGGAGGGAGACCUGAAGAGAAGCCUAGCCAAGCACCGUAUAGGGACAAAGAGACACCGAGUUUGUCUUGAAAUACCACAGGAGGUGAGUCAGAGUGAGCUCUUCCCCAAGGAGGAGCUGAGUUCUGGACAGUAUGAGAUGACAGAGUGCCAGGCUGCCCUCGCUCCUGUGAGACCCACCCAUAGCUCUGUGCGGCAAGUCGAGGAUGGUCUCACCUUCCCAGAUUAUUCUGACUCCACUGAAGUCAAAUUUGAAGAGCUCAAAAACGUGAAACUAGAAGAGGAGGAGGAGGAGGAGGAGGAGGAGGAGGAGGAACAAGAAGCAGCUGCCUUGGAUCUUUCUGUGAAUCCUGAUUGUUUAGGGGGACGCUAUGUCUUCUCAGAUUCCAAAAAGAAAUCGUCUUCCAGCCUGGGCUCUAGUUCUUCACAAGAUUCUGUCUCUUCUGAUUCAGAAACCAGUGAACCUCUGUCGUGCCAAGCUCAAGGGCAGACUGGAGUUCUCACUGUGCACAGCUAUGCCAAAGGGGAUGGCAGGGUCACUGCGGGAGAACUGUGCACAAGGAAGAAAGGGAGUGCAGCUGGAAGUAUCAGUGAGCAGGAGCUGGCAGAGGUUGCCAGUGAAUACAUGUUUUCCCUGGAGGAGAACAAGAAGUCUAAGGGUCGUCGUCAGCCCCUAAGCAAGCUCCCCCGCCAUCACCCACUUGUGUUGCAGGAGUGCGUCAGUGAUGAUGAGUUGUCUGAACAGCUGACUCCUGAAGAGGAGGCUGAGGAGACAGAGGCCUGGGCCAAACCCCUGAGCCAGCUGUGGCAGAACCGCCCCCCAAACUUUGAGGCUGAAAAGGAAUUUAAUGAGACCAUGGCCCAGCAGCCCCCUCACUGUGCCGUCUGUAUGAUUUUUCUGACUUACAAUCAGGUUGAGUUUGGAGGCCUUAAUCAGAACUGUGCAAAUGCGCCAGAUUUAGCGCUCCAGAAGCAGAGGACCAAGCCAUUGAUUCCAGAGAUGUGCUUCACCUCCACUGGCUGUAGCACGGACAUCAACCUUUCCACCCCUUACCUGGAGGAGGAUGGUACUAGCAUUCUGGUCUCCUGCAAGAAGUGCAGUGUCCGGGUGCAUGCCAGUUGCUAUGGGGUACCCCCUGCAAAGGCUUCUGAAGACUGGAUGUGUUCUCGGUGUUCAGCCAAUGCCCUGGAGGAGGACUGCUGUUUAUGUUCAUUACGAGGAGGCGCCCUGCAGAGAGCAAAUGAUGACAGGUGGGUCCACGUCUCCUGUGCUGUGGCAAUUCUGGAAGCAAGGUUUGUCAACAUUGCAGAAAGAAGUCCUGUGGAUGUGAGCAAAAUCCCCCUACCUCGCUUUAAACUGAAAUGUGUCUUCUGUAAGAAGCGGAGGAAAAGAGCUGCUGGCUGCUGUGUGCAGUGUUCUCACGGUCGUUGCCCAACUGCCUUCCAUGUGAGCUGUGCCCAGGCUGCUGGAGUGAUGAUGCAGCCAGAUGACUGGCCUUUUGUAGUCUUCAUUACCUGCUUUCGGCACAAGAUUCCUAAUUUGGAGCGUGCCAAGGGGGCCUUGCAAAGCAUUACUGCAGGCCAGAAGGUCAUCAGCAAACACAAGAACGGGCGCUUCUACCAGUGUGAGGUGGUCAGACUCACCACUGAGACCUUCUAUGAAGUCAACUUUGAUGAUGGGUCCUUCAGUGACAAUCUCUAUCCUGAGGAUAUAGUGAGCCAAGACUGUCUCCAGUUGGGUCCUCCUGCUGAAGGGGAAGUAGUCCAAGUGAGAUGGACAGAUGGCCAAGUCUACGGAGCAAAGUUUGUGGCCUCCCACCCCAUCCAGAUGUACCAGGUGGAGUUUGAGGAUGGCUCACAGCUUGUGGUUAAGAGAGAUGAUGUGUACACGCUGGAUGAAGAGCUUCCCAAGAGAGUCAAGUCUAGACUGUCAGUAGCCUCAGAUAUGCGCUUCAAUGAGAUUUUCACGGAGAAAGAGGUUAAGCAGGAAAAGAAACGACAGCGAGUUAUCAACUCAAGAUACAGGGAAGAUUAUAUCGAGCCUGCACUAUACCGGGCCAUCAUGGAGUAGGUGCUUCCAGGAGCCAAGAGAUUCCCAGCCAUCAAGGCAAGAGCACUGUGCGGUUCCACAGCACAGCAGACAUUUGGAACUCUGAAGUUGUAAAAAGAAAAGGAAUGAAAUAACCACCCCAUCAUCUUCUCACCCCAUCCUCAUCGCAUUCCGCUGUAGUGAAAGGACAAGUCGUUCUUGGAUGUGACAGCAGCCGGCUGAUCUCCAGCUGAAGGGCUGAGCACCAGAAUGCUGAAGCUGCACUGGCCCCAGUCCCUAAUGGGGUUGACUGCUGGCUGGCCUGGUUGCCCUGCGCCUGGCCUAGGACUUAGCUUCCUAAUGAUCCACCUGCAUCGACUGGGCAGAGGUGCUGGUGCUUGCCCCCACUCUUCCUUUUGUAUUUAUGUGUGCGUGCGUGUGUGUAUGUGCGUAUGUUUGGUCUGGACCAGCUUUUGCCAGCCCCUGG